CUUCAUACUGGUGGUUGUUGGCUUGUUUGUCUCUACAGGAAGGCUACUACUCUCUAAACCUCUGACUUAUUGAAGAGUUUGAGUUGGUCACAGCUGAAAAGCUGUUGUCGGUUCACCCAUGCUGGGAAAACUCAACACAGAUUUAUUGAUCACAUUGGUGCUAAUCUUUUUGGCUCAUUUGGACUCAAUAUGCAAAGCUGAGAAUGAUUUGUCCUUGAUAAAAUUACCAGGGUGGAAGGACACCUCAGAUUAUGUUGACCGGUGUUUCUACAGCCAACAUGAGAAUCUGACUUGUGACUGGACAAGCAGCCAAACAGGCAAUAAUACAGUGAAAAUCCUGGCAAGCCAUCCACUAACUGUUACUGACAAGGCCUGCUUGGAGUUCUGGCAUCUGGCUUCAGGUGGUUCUAGUGGCGCUACAUUACGUGCUUUGCUGACAAGUGGGUUAAGGCAAGUGGAAAUCUGGAUUUCUCCUCCUCUCCCCAGACAUGCAUGGAGACAAGUCUCUGUGCCCCUGAACCUCACCGAACCAGGCACUCAGGUCAUAUUUGAAGCUGUCUAUCCAUUGUCUGUAGACCAGACUACAUUAAAAGAGAUUGGCAUAAGAAAUGGAUCAUGUAGAAACCAGUGUGACCCAAAUACUGACCUGUGGACUGGGGACUCCACACAGUGCCUAUGCUCAGUUGGUCAGCUGUUCUGCUUUCUCUCUCAUUGCCCUAAGGGCCAAAUAUGUGAUCCUCAACGAGAUGAACCCAGAAACUUUUCCCCUUCGGGCAUAUGUACUAUUCACAGCAGCACAGAUUGUCGCACCUUUGAUGGUGCAUUGUUCCGCUUCACUUCCCCCUGCACAUAUGUACUGGCCAAAACGUACUCGGCAUCUGAAGCUCUGCCAAAAUUCACAGUUGAGGUAGUCAACAAGCAAACCAGCAAUGUGUUGCAGACUACCAUACAGCAAAUCAAUGUAAACCUGGGAAAUGUGAGGGUAUCCUUGCUAAAGAGUCAGACCCACUGGGUUGUGGUUAAUGGCAUCUGGCGAAAGAUUCCCCUAAACCUGAACAAUGGUACAAUCCGUAUUGAGAGCAACGCGGCUGCUAUAGUAGUGGAAAGCAGUUUUGGAGUGACUGUGUCCUUCGACAAUACAGGGGCUCUUCAGCUCAGAAUUCCAUUUCAAUAUUCUGAUAGAGUUUGUGGCUUGUGUGGCAACUUCAAUCAGCUCCCAGGAGAUGACUUUCUCAAGCCUGAUGGCACAAAAGCUGAAAGUGCCACAGCUUUGGCUAAGAGUUGGCAAACUGGGGGAAAUGUCUCCUCCUGUGAAGCCAUUCAAGUACCACAACAGUGUAGCCCACAGGAUGAGGCUCAUUAUAGCAGUGAGAAUCACUGUGGACUCCUUCGUUCUCUUUCUGGGCCCUUUGUGUCCUGUCUGGCAGAUAUAGGUGCUGAAAGCUAUUUCCAUGCUUGUUUACUUGGCUUAUGUUCUACUCAUGGUGAUCAAAAAGUACUAUGUAAAGUGUUGAAAACCUAUGCAGAUGUCUGCCAAGAGGCUGGAAUUGCCAUACCAACAUGGAGGAAUGCUACUUUCUGCUCGCUAGAGUGUGGUGAGAACAGCCAUUAUAAUUCAUGUGCUGAUGGCUGUCCAGAGGUGUGCUCCAGUCUAGAUCAAGCAGGUUUAUGUGGUAGCUGUGAGGAAAGAUGCGAGUGCAACCCUGGGUUCAAGCUCAGCGGGGAUAAGUGUGUCCCAGCAGAGCAUUGUGGGUGCUGGUAUAAUGGAAAACACUAUGAGAGAGGGGGAAUGACUGUGGAAGGAGACUGUGUGCAACAGUGCCAGUGCAUUGGUAAUGAUACCAUGCAAUGCACUGCAAUGACAUGUGCAAGUGAUGAAGUUUGUAAAGAAAAAAAUGGCAUCAAAGGCUGCUUCCCAUUCAAACCUGCCACUUGUAGUGUGUAUGGCGAUCCACAUUAUAUUACCUUUGACAAACAGGCUUACAACUUUCAAGGCGGCUGUGCUUACACUCUCACUACAACAUGUGGCAGGCACAGCACAGUGCAGUUCACUGUAAUUGGCUUCAACAUCCACCCUGCUGGACACAAUUUUACUAGAGCUAAACUUGAAGCUGUGGUUCUUAAGCUUGAUGGACUGGACCUCACCUUGAAUCAGAGCGGUCAAGUUGAUGUCCAUGGAGUCUCUGUCAGACUUCCUUAUUCAACCAAUGGGUCAUAUGGCUCAGUGUGGAUCUAUGUGAAGAAGGAUUACAUCAUUCUGGAGACUACCUUUGGCUUGAAAUUAUGGCUGGACAGACACAGCAGAUUGUUCUUGCAAGUGGAUGAACGUUACAAAUAUGAACUCUGUGGUCUUUGUGGCACCUACUCUGGAUAUCAGGAGGAUGACUUCAUGAUGCCGGGAGGCCAUAUUGCCUCUGAAUCAUUUGAAUUUGGUGACAGCUGGAGAAGUGAUACCAAUGAAGAAUGCAUAGCCCAUCCAAAUGAUCCUAGAGAAUGUGACAACGAUGGGACUGUGGCCAAUGAGGAAUGCUCCAUGGUGUUUCAUGGGGCCUUUGAGGCCUGCCAUGAAUAUGUUCACCCAAGCAUCUACUUUAGCAGUUGCGUAUAUGACUAUUGUGCCACAAGUGGUGAUCAGCCCACUUUUUGCGAAUCCCUGAAAUCGUAUGCCGCAGCAUGCCAACUUGAAGGAGUGGAACUCUCUAGCUGGCAAACUGGCACAACAUGUGAUUUCUCAACUGUAGUUCCAACAAAUCCAGCCACUAUAUCUCCAAACAUCAAUUCCUGUCCCCUUAACUGCAGCUUUGACACAAGUAUGUGUGGAUGGGAACAGCUCAUUCAAGACAGUUUUGAUUGGACAAGACAUUCUGGAUCUACACCAUCAAAUUUGACAGGACCAAACCAGGACCACUCCACAGGAGAUGGUUUUUACAUGUACCUUGAGGGAGAUGAUGUAACCCAUGGUGAUUCUGCUCGACUGUUGAGCCAGUCAUGCCAGCUUGAUGGCCCAAUCUGCUUCCACUUCUGGUACCACAUGCUUGGUUCAGCCACCAGUGUGGUUCUGAAUGUCUAUCAACUCCAAGGCAAUAAGGCUACAAAGGUAUGGGGUAUUGUGGACAACAAAGGACCUGAGUGGCAGUUGGGAAAAGCUGACCUGAAAAUAUCUGGUCCAUUCAAGUUAAUAAUUGAGGGAAUUCGAGGCUCCACUGCUCAGUCAGACCUGGCUAUAGAUGACAUUGCUAUCACUUCUGGGUCAUGCUCAGAUGCCUUCCACAAUGUAUCAGGAACUGCACUAACUUUCACAACUACAGAAGUACCCUCAUCACACCAAAUCUGCAACUUUGACUGUAGCUUCCAGAAUGGCUUAUGCACUUGGCAGCAGAUGAUCACUGACGCAUUUGAUUGGGAAAGGAACAAUGGCUCCACCCCUACUGAGAUGACUGGUCCCUCUAGCGACCACACUGGUGAUGGCCACUACAUCUAUAUUGAGUCCACAAAUGCAACCUAUGGUGACACAGCUCGUCUCAUCAGCUCCCAGUGUUCAAACACUGGUCCUCAGUGUCUGCAGUUCUGGUACCAUAUGUAUGGGUCGGCAGACACAAUGGGCCUCCGUAUUUACCUUCUUGAGAACAAAGUAGCUAAGGCAGUCUGGCAGAAGAGUAACAACCAUGGCAAUAUGUGGCACUUGGCCCAAGUUGAUCUAAACACAACUCUAGAGUUUCAGAUUAUCUUAGAGGGACGGAGGGGUUCCAACGAUCAAUCAGAUGUGGCCAUAGAUGAUAUUACACUGCACCACGGAAGAUGUUCAGAUCUGAGUGGCAUUGCUACAGUUAUUCCUGUUAAACCUGAAUUUGAAAUGGCAUCUAGCCCAAGUGUCAAUUCACCCACCAUGAUGGUUCCAGAACCUACAAUAGGAAAUGUUACAACACCUCUGAGUGUCACUUCGCCUACCACAACAGAUCUGGAACCCCUGCUGAAUGGCACAGCCGAGGUGCCAACAAUGAAUGUUAUGCCUUCUACAAUUAAACUAAUGACCAUCAAUAUGGAAAAUGCACCCAAAACUCCUGAUCAAGCCAGACACCCAGUAUGCCAUCUUGAUUGUGACUUUGAAAAAGAUUUUUGCCAAUGGAGUCAGAUGCACACUGAUGUGUUUGACUGGGAAAGACGUAAUGGUUUCAACUCUACACUGAUCAUUGGUCCUCUCUCAGAUCACACCACAGGAGAUGGCCACUAUCUCCACAUUGACGCAAGCAUGGCAUCACCAGGCCACACUGCUCGUCUUAUUGGCAGAGAGUGUUCAGACACUGGCCCACAAUGUCUAACAUUCUGGUAUCAUAUGUCUGGCUCUGAAACAAUGGGUCUUCAUGUAUACCUGCUUCAAGGCAAACAGACUACUGUCUUAUGGAGAAGAAGAAAUGACCAAGGAAAUGUGUGGCAUCUUGCUCAGGUGGACUUUGUGGGAAAUGGGACAUUUCAGAUCAUUUUGGAGGGACAAAGAGGAACCACUGAAUCUGGUGUAGCUUUGGAUGAUAUAAAACUUUAUCGAGGAGGCUGCCAAGAUUUGGUCACCCCAGCAACUGUGGCACCAGUAAAGUGGAUGACAACAAAUGCCCUUGAGGUUCCAGCAUCCUCCAAUGAGACUGGACUGCAUACUACUACACAAAACAAUGCUACUGCUGGGCCCCAGGAUCCAGCUCCAACCAACAAAGUACCCUCCAAUGAGACUGUACCCCAGCCAGUGCCCACAGGUGGGCCACAUUCUAAAACUGCACAAGGCAAUGCUACUGCUGGGCCCCAGGUUCCAGCUACAACCAACCAAGCACCCUCCAAUGAGACUGAACCCAAGCCUGUGCCCACAGGUAGGCCACAUCCAACAACUGCACAAGGCAAUGCUACUGCUGGGCCCCAGGUUCCAGCUGCGACUGAUGAAGCACCCACCAAUGAGACUGCAUCACAUCCCACAACUGCACAAGGCAAAGCUACUGCUGGGCCCCAGGUUCCAGCUCCAACCAACCAAGCACCCUCCAAUGAGACUGAACCCGAGCCUGUGCCCACAGGUAGGCCACAUCCAACAACUGCACAAGGUAAUGCUACUGCUGGGACCCAGGUUCCAGCUACAACCAACCAAGCACCCUCUAAUGAGACUGAACCCAAGCCUGUGCCCACAGGUAGGCCACAUCCAACAACUGCACAAGGCAAUGCUACUGCUGGGACCCAGGUUCCAGCUCCAACCAACCAAGCACCCUCCAAUGAGACUGAACCCGAGCCUGUGCCCACAGGUGGGCCACAUUCUACAACUGCACAAGGUAAUGCUACUGCUGGGACCCAGGUUCCAGCUACAACCAACCAAGCACCCUCCAAUGAGACUGAACCCGAGCCUGUGCCCACAGGUAGGCCACAUCCAACAACUGCACAAGGCAAUGCUACUGCUGGGCCCCAGGUUACAGCUGUGACCGAUGCAGCACCCACCAAUGAGACUGCAUCACCUUCCCCAACUGCACAAGGCAAUGCUACUGCUGGGUCCCAGGUUCCUGCUACAACCAAUGCAGCACCCACCAAUGAGACUGCACCACAUCCCACAACUGCACAAGGCAAUGCUACUGGGCCCCAGGUACCAGCUCCAAACAGCCAAGCACCCUCCAAUGAGACUGAACCCCAGCCUGUGCCCACAGGUGGGCCUCAUUCCCCAACUGCACAAGGCAAUGCUACUGCUGGGCCCCAUGUUCCAGCUACAACCAACCAAGCACCCUCCAAUGAGACUGAACCCCAGCCUGUGCCCACAGGUGGGCCACAUCCUACAAUUGAACAAGUCAAUGCUACUGGGCCCCAGAUUCAAGCUACAACCAAUGCAGCACCCUCCAAUGAGACAAAGCCACAACCUGCAUCCACAGGUGGGCCACAUCUAACGACUGCACAAGGCAAUGUUACUGCUGGCCCCCAGGUUCCACCUGCGACUGACGCAGCACCCACCAAUGAGACUGAACCCCAGCAUGUACCCACAGGGGUGCCACAUCCUUCAACUGAACAAGGCAAUGCCAGUGUUGGGCCUAACUUUCCAGCUCCAACCAACCCAACACCUGCUUCAGAGACCAGUUUACACCCUCCAAAUUCAACUACAUCACAAACGCCUGAAAUCCCACCCACAAGUGAAUCACAAGUAUCAACAUUAAGGCCUAAUGUUUCCACUAAUCCUACAAUGAGACCCCAUCAAACUGUUCCACUACCAGGAACACCACAUUUUUCAACACCCUCUUGUGCAGAGAACAGUCACUACACCACUUGCAUUCCUGCAUGCAGCCCUACAUGCAAAAACCUGGCUGGCCCACCACACUGCAGUUCUGAGAUUUCUUGUGCAUCAGGAUGUGUAUGUGAUGAUGGCUUUGUACAAAAAGGGAGUGUUUGUGUGCCUGUACAGAAAUGUGGCUGCAUUGAUAGGAAUGGUGAAACUCACCAGUUCAAUGAAGUAUGGUACACUAGUCACUGCAGGCAGAAAUGUGAGUGUGAAGAAGAUGACGGAGAGGGAAAGAUCGACUGCAAAGACGAAGAUGGGUGUGAAGAUGAUGCUGUGUGCCUUCAAUUCGAAACUGGCAAAUAUUAUUGCAAGUCUACAGUACUUUGGUGGUGA